AUGCCCGACAGCUGUGUUUCGAAGGAGGUAUCCUACAGCCUUUCCGCUAAUCUUCAGGUAAUUCUGUCACAACAAGCGCAUAAACGAACCCAAAAUGUUCCGCAACCCUUCCCGGCUAUGAAAUUGACUUUGAUCAAGAAAGAGACGAAAAAUCAUUUCUGAUCGCGACAUCUUGAAAAUACCCUCAUAGAAAGUCAGUAACAAUGUUCUUUGACAAUAGCCUAUGACAACUUGAAAUAUACGGAAGUAUAUAAGUCAGACGCGAAAACCCUUCACGGUGUUAUAAUCUUUCGGGAAGCAACAAAAUGUUACAUUAGAGACACAUGAGUUUGUACAAAAAAAAAGAGCGAUUUAUUUGAUCUCAGAAAUUUCCGUCAGCAGCGUUGUUAGUAUAGUCUCCUUGAUAGUCUUCUGAAAUCCAACAGUAAGAUGCAGAAAAGCAAAAGAAUAGCGAGAUGCGGCCAGCCGAGAGGACCUCAACUGCUGUUUAGCCAAAGACCUUACUCGCUCGUCACUUACGUGGUUUCACAUUAUUGAUUUUCUUUUGCCUUCGCAAAAUACCUAUCUAAGGUUACUCAGUUUACGCAGCGAAGUAAAUAUUUUGCACGUUUUUGGAUGAUUGAAACGACAUCUGGCAAUAAGGCAAACUGGACAACUUGACUGAAAUCCCGUCGUUAAAAAUAGUAUGGCACAUUUUGACUGACGCAUUUUUGUGAAGAGUGCCGAAAGAGAAAGUGAUUGAUCGUCUCCGAGCUGAGCUGGAAAAGCGUUUCUUUACAGCUGCACACAUCUUGGAUCGUCGACGGUAACUAUAUAUAUAUAUGAAUUUUUCAUGCACUGAAGCUUGUGGCAGCGAGAUGAAGACUACAGCGCUUUGUGUUUUUGCACUGUUCCUUUCUUCGAUGUUAGUUGAGGGCGGCAUGGUUAAUUUUAAAUGCCUUCAGUCUGGUAAUUGCAAGGGAGAAAAAGUACAUGAAUAAGUAGAAAUCUCUUUCGUUUUCAAUCCAUCUAAAAUGUUUUAGAUAGUGUUAAUGUUUAAUUUGAGUUGAAUUUUCUAGGAGUUUCGAUUAGGAAUGGCAAUGUCUUUUCUUUCAAAAGGGAAUUUUCCAGUAAGGAACACUUAUUUGUGAGCAUAGACAUACCUUAUGUAUGUAUUCAGUCAUGUCAAAAUGAGCUGGAAUCUUUCAAUAAUGUUUUUUCUUUAUCAUUUCAUUCAUGUCAUUGUUGAAUGAUCGUAGUUGUUCUACUCUGUAGUUUUUCGCACUGAAAGCCGUUUUAAACUCUUUUAGGGAAGGACUCCGAAAAAGUUUAGAGAUGAAGAAGAGGCUGGAAAUUUGGAAAUGAUGAAGAUGAACAUCCGUAGACGCUUGGAGGAGGUAAAUACAGGUUUUUAAUCUAUCGUCUCUUCGAUUUGUCUGGUUUAGUCAGUAUCCAAAUAGUUGAAUUGGAGGAAGAAGUCACUCGGUUCUUUUCAUGUAUUUUACUCCAAAUAUUCAUCAGAGCUUAACGGUCUUGUUUUUUUAUUUCUUUUUUUUCGAAUAAAUUUGAUGAGAAAUUUUAAGAUUAUGUUUGUUGAAUCUUUUUAGGCAAAACGUGAGCAACAGUACCGGAGAGAAAUUUGCUUACAAGCCCGCGAGCUGAGAUGUGGAAUGGAACAAAAGAAAUAG